CAACCUAAACACAGACAUCAAAAAGAAAUUCCUCAAAUCUUUUCUUUCCCACUCUCACUUCCUCUCUUCAACUCUACUCCUUUCCCAGUUCCCACCGUAAAUUACACAAACAAACAAACAAAAGAUGUGGGCAAGCGCCGAUGGUGGACCGCCGGAGGUGACACUAGAGACUUCCAUGGGCCCUUUCACCGUUGAGCUGUACUAUAAACAUGCACCAAGAACAUGCCGAAAUUUUUUGGAGCUUUCUCGUCGAGGAUAUUAUGACAACGUCAAAUUUCAUCGCAUUAUUAAAGAUUUUAUAGUGCAAGGAGGAGAUCCUACUGGAACUGGAAGAGGUGGUGAAUCCAUAUAUGGUAAACACUUCGAAGAUGAGAUAGAUUCAAAGCUGAAGCAUACUGGUGCUGGCAUUUUAUCCAUGGCAAAUGCAGGUCCUAAUACAAAUGGAAGCCAGUUCUUUAUAUCUCUGGCACCCACCCCCUCUCUUGAUGGAAAGCACACAAUAUUUGGAAGGGUUUGUAAGGGAAUGGAGAUCAUUAAAAGGCUUGGUAGUGUCCAGACAGACAACACUGAUAGACCUAUUCAUGAUGUCAAGAUACUGAAGACAACAGUCAAGGAUUGAUCAUGGAAUCUAUCAACAAGGCAUCUCUGCUCACUGUAGUAAUUGUCUAACAUGUUGGUCAGUAAUGACUGAAACUCGAAUACAUGUCAUGAGUUUAUCAUACAAGUAAUCCUGACAACAUAUUACUCUGUUUGGUAUCUUCAAGAAAUACUUUGUUGUUUGAAUA